AGAUGAGGUUGACCCGUUGAAGAAGAAGUUGGUUGAACAAAAGAAGACAACGUCUAAAAAGGGAAUAAUUUUCGACAUUUCAGUUUGAAAUCCCUUUUGGGGGCAGCCAAGAUGUUACACCCGGUUGUCCAAGCUCUUCUCAGCUGGGUCAAUAAUAUCAAGCUGUGGGACAGGGAGAUCCAGAUUAAAGAUUUACAGGAUGGGGCUGUCCUGCUAAAACUGAUUGAUCUGCUGAAAAAGAAACCAAUUCCCAGUUCCAUCAACUCUGAGGAUCGGUUGGCUCUCAUUAGAGACUUCUUAGAAGGGGAAUGCAGGUUCAACCCGGAUAAAGGUAGUCCUAUAUCCUGGGACAACAUUCGCGCGGGAAACAACCUGAUAGUGGAAAUUUCUAAGGUGCUUGUUUUGCUUGUCUAUCAUGACAUGAUGAAUGAGCGCUGCACACUAACAGCAUUGGAUUGUGACAUAGAGGAGGGGCUUGCCAGUGUGACCUAUUAUGUGAUGGAGAGUGAGGGUUGUGUUUAUUUGAGCACAAAACUUGAUGCAUUCUUGGCCAGGAGAUGUCUCAAUGUGGCCCGAGAAUGCUUGGACCAGACGGUAACCACCUCGAAUUCUACCUGUAACAUGUCCAGCAUGUCCUCUCUGUCUGGCGAUGAUUCUCCAGUUUUUAUGCGCACAAGAAAAGUUGAUUUUGUUGACUUGGAACAAGUGGCUUCCUCAUCUGUCAGGAGUUCUCCUUUGGCUGAUGUUAUGAAUACACCCAAAUUUCAGCUGAGGAAAAUGCAAAGAGCGAUAAUGAAGGAGAGAGAAUACAGAGAUAAUUUGGAGAAAGAGCUCACCACCACGCUGGAACUCCUUGCCCAGAAAGAAUCCCACAACAAUCAGUUGCAGUACCACCUAGAUAAGCUAAAAGAAGAGCAAGCCAAUCAGGAGCAGACUAUCGCAGAACGACUGAGUGAGAUUGAGGCCAAAAAGGACUCACUGCAAAUGAGCUUUAAUGAGCUGCUAAAGCAGAACAAGGACUUGAAGAGUACCUCUGGUCAUAUGGAGCGCAAGGUGGACGAACUUACAGGAGAAAAUGGGGAACUCUCCUUUCAGAUGAGAGCGGUUUGUUCCAAGCUGGCCUUCUUUGAGGCUGAAAAUGCCAGACUGACUCAGGCUCAAGCAUAUGCUGAGGAGGACUGGAGAAACAAAACAAGCCACCUGCAAUCAGAACUCAACCAAGCCACCACACAAAAGGAAUUCCUGUCGGAACAAAUUCAGAUCCUUCAAGGAAAAAUUUCCUGUUUAGAGGAAGAACUAAGUAGAGCGAAAAAGGAAGAAGUUGGAGAAAAUAUGGGUCCAAUAAUUGAGACAGAUAAGUUGGAGACUGAAAUUAACAGUCUGAAGAAUGAGCUUGAGAGCACACUGUGCUCCCUAAAACAAGCGGAAGAGCAGAUACAAAGCUUAACUCAAAAGUUGAACAAAUGUGAGGAAGAAUUAACCCACUACAAAGAACUACUUCAACAGCAGAAAACCCAAAUGGAACAAAUUAUUCGAGCCAAAGAUGAAAUUAUGGAUAAACUGCGUAGAGAUCUGGAUGAACAGAGGCUGGUUCUUGAAAAGGAAAUCAAUGAUCUUAAACUUCAGCAGGAGGAUGCUGAGCACCAGAAAACUGAACAGGUUGCCAAACUACAACAACACAUCACUGCUUGUGAGCAGGAAAUUCUAACACUAAAGGAGAAAAAGAAAGAAAACGAAAAUCUUUUACAUCAGACAGAUGUGAAAGUAAAGGACCUUGAGACGAAACUAGUGGCUGCUACCACUCUGCUGGCUGAUAAAGACCAACAAAUUUGCAGCCUAAACAAAGAAGUUCACUCACUUGCAGAGGAGAGUAAAUCAAGAAGAGAUGAAAUUCAGUUAAAACAAGAUGCACUUGAUAAGUUACUAAAGGAGAAAUUAAAUGAAGAGGAAAGUCUUCAUCAUAAAAUUCAAACCUUAACGGUUUGUACACAGGACCUUAGCACAUCUCUGAAGCAGGCUGAGCAGGAAAUUCAACUUAAGCAGGACCUACUGGCUAAAACUCAGCAAGAGAACUCUGAAGAAAGGAUUGUACUUCAGCAGCAGAUUGUAGGCUGCCAGGAGGAGGUGCAGAGGCUGAAAGUAGAGAUUUUGGAGAAAACUGAGCUGCUGAUAAAAGUCAAGACUGACAGCACACAACAUUCAGAAUCUCUUCAGAAUGAGAUCAACCUGCUAAAAGCUGAAAUAGAAAGUCUUAAUGAUGCACUGAGAAAAGCUGAGCAACAGGUUCUGACCCAGCAGGAUGAGCUGACAAAGCUCCAGCAAGAAAGCUGUUCUCAAAAAGAAGUUUUGCAAGAACAACUGUUUGCUUCAGUAGAGGAGGUAAAGAGCUUGAAGCAGUCAAUCCAGGCUAAGGAAGAUCAGAUCCAGUUACUGGAAGAUAAGAAUUCAGAACAAGCGGACAGUUUGCACCAAGAGAUAAAAGAACUGAAAUCUCAGGUUGAGUGUCUUAGAUCAUCGCUUUCGGCAUCAGAAGACACCUUAAAACUGAAGGAAAAUCAGUUUGAAGAACAACAGCAACAAAGCACCCGGCACAUGGAGGCCAUUCAGAUGCAGAUGGUCGCAUCACAAGAUAAGGUAAAGGAGUUACAAGCAGAGCUUAACACUAAAGAGGAGCAGAUGGUUCAGCUAAAGACUGAGACAUCCACAAAAUCAGAGUUAUGGCAGCUGGAGAUUGAAUCUCUAAAUGGGCAGAUAAAAAGCAUCACUCAUUCUUUGGAGAUUGCUGAGAACCAAGUAAAAACUAAAGAAGAUCUCUUGGCAAAACAAGAACAGGAAAAUGCUUUGCAAAUUGAAGAGUUAAGAAAACACAGAGCAGUUCUUGAGUGCCAGGUUAGUCAACUCGAGCAGGACAUAAGAUCUAAAGAGGAUGAAGUCCAAACAUUGAAAACUGAUCACUGCAAGGAGUCUGAGACCCUGUCUGAUGAGAUGCAAACUCUGAAGAGUCAAGUCCAAUGUCUGAGCGAAUCUCUAAAGUCUGCAACAGAUCAAGUAUUGGCUAAAGAAAACCUGCUGGCUCAGAAGGAAGUGGAAAUAUCUCAGCAGAAAGAUUUGCUGGAAAACAUGAGGGUGACCUCUGAGGAGGAGAAACAGAAACACAGGGAAGAAAUACAGGCCAAAGAUGAACGAAUGGGUCUCUUAGAAAAUCAACGUUCUGAGCAGGUCAUUGUUUUACAACAAGAGAUGAAUGAUUUAAAAUGUCAGGCUGAAUUUCUUAGAUCAUCACUGAAGGCAGCGGAGGACACAUUAAAAUCCAAGGAAAAUCAGUUUGCAGAACAGCAGCAACAGAGCAAUAAGCAAAUGGAGGCCAUACAGAUGCAGGUGGUUGCAUCUCAAGAUGAAGUUAAGAAGUUAAAAGAAGAAAUCCAAUCUAAACAGGAGCAGAUGGUUCAAAUACAGAUGGAGACCUCUACAAACUCGAAGUUCCUGCAGCAAGAGGUUGAAUCUCUAAAGUACCAGAUAAAAAACAUUUCUAAUUCUCUGGAAACUGCUGAGAACGAGCUUAAAACCAAAGAAGAUCUCUUGACCAAGAAAGAACAAGAAAAUAUUUUGCAGGUCGAAGAAUUAAGAAAGCACAGAUCAGUUCUUGAGGAGGAUCUGAAUCAGUUGAAGAAAGAUAUCAAAUCUAAAGAAGAUGAAGUCCAAGCAUUGAAAGCUAAUCACUGCAAGGAGUCAGAGGCCUUAUAUAACGAGAUGCAAUCUCUGAAGAGUCAAGUCCAAUGUCUAAAUGAAUCUCUAAAGUCUGCAACAGAUCAAGUAUUGGCUAAAGAAAACCUGCUCGCUCAGAAGGAAGUGGAAAUAUCUCAGCAGAAAGAUUCACUUGAAAGCAUGAGGGCGACCUCUGAAGAAGAAACAAGGAGACUGAGGGAGGAGAUCAAGGCUAAAGAGGAACAACUUGUCCUUCUUAAAGAAGAGGGAUCCACACAGUCAGAUAUUUUACACAGUGAAAUAAAAGGGUUGCAAAAACAGCUUGAUGAUAUGGCCAAACAAAUGAAAACCACAGAAGAAGCACUUCAGAGGCAGACCCAGGAGCUAAAUAAGCAGGACCAGGACAGUAAUUGUCAGAAGGAGCAUCUCCAGGAGCAACUGCGCUCUUCUGAUGAACAAAUUCGGAAGAUGAGAAGUGAGAUCCAGUCUAAGGAGGAACAGAUAGAGCUGCUGAAGAGUGAAAAUGCAGAGAAGUUGAAUGUGUUACGUCGAGAGCUGAUCAAGGAAAAAGAGGCUCUAGCUGCAAGCCUUAAAACAAGAGACACCAUGCAGGACAUGCAGUUGACCACCCUGAAGGAAAAGGAGGUUCUUUUUCAAGAGAAGGAAAUGCUCUCGCUCAAGAUGGUCCAAGCAGAGGCGGACCAGAGAGUUCUCAAGGAUAAGCUUAUAGCCAUAAGCUUUGAGAAAGACAGGCUUUUUCAAGCCAAUCAGGCCUUGGAGAGAGAGAAUGCUACCUCUCAUAAAUUGAAGGCUGUGAUGCAAAAAGAGCUUGAGAAUAUGAAACUGGAAAAUGAUCAACUUUUGAAGCGGAAAGACAAGGCUGAAGGAUUGGAGCUCAUCAACGAAGAGCUGGAGAAACGACUUGCAGCCAAAGAGGAGGCUGUUGAACACUACAAGGCUGAGAUGCAGAAAGCUAUGAGCCAUUACAACAGCAAGAAGCAACUUCUCCAGAAAAGCGAAGAGGAAAACAUGGAACUCAAACAGGCUUUAGAGAUUAAAGACAAGGAAUUCAAGGCUGUUGUGUCCAAAAAUAAUAUACUCCAACUUGACCUAGAGAAAGUCCAGACCAAUGAGAGGAAACUCAAGGCUCAAGUGUCCAGUUUAGAGGCACAGCUGGCCUAUGCUGAUCAAGUCCUCAGAUCACAGAAUAAGAUACAUGGGAAUGGAGGAGGGGUGACAGAGUCUGCUUAUCCAGAGGUUUCCAGGAAGCACUCUGGUGUUAGCACUAGAGCACAGCUGAGGAGGUCCAUGAGCUCUGACAGUCUGGACCAGAGCUCACUGGAGGACUCUCUUAACACUACAAGGAAACUGUCUGCACCUGAUGAAUCGAGCACGCCGCUAGUUCGAAGCUCUGAGCGUCUAGCUGCCAAACAUCGGGGACUUCAAACAGAGUCCCUGGAAACGCUCUACUUUACUCCCAUUAACGUCAGAAGGACGAAAAGAACCAGCGAUGAUUCUGAUAGUGAGCUGAAUUCAACCUUCAAAAAUCCAACUUCCUCUGUCAAACGGCGCAGAACCACGCAGGUCAUAAACAUCACCCUGUCCAAGAAAACACCAGGAACCGAUGAGGCUGAUGAGACCUUUUACAGUUUACAUUCAGCUCACUCACACCCAAACCUCGCCCGUGCUCACAGUACCCAACCUAUGUUGGAUACACAGACCAGCAAGACCAAUACUGCCAGUGAUCAGCUUAUUGGUCUUCCAGGCUACAGACGGAGCACUAUCCAAUCACACAGCCAGCUUUCAGCUACCAGUGCGCUCUGCGUUGGAGCAGAGAAUGAGCCUGAUGGUGGGCCUGAGGAUUGGCUGAGGAUCGCAGAGCUGCAGGCCAGGAACAGGGCCUGCCUCCCACAUCUAAAGAGCAGCUACCCUGUAGAGUCAGAGACUGGCCAGAACACUGCUUUAAUUUUCACCGAUGAAGAGCUCCGGACUGGUGACCCCUCAGAAACAAUCAGAAGGGCGUCCAUGAUGCCGGGCCAACUGCAGGACUCCCUUGUCUCCCAUCGCCACUCCCUCAUGGUGGGGCAGACAGGCGUUGGUUCUGGUUCCCGUCGCCUGUCCUUGAUGCCAGGGCAGCUGCCUGCAAGACAAUCCUCCUCCUCUCAGCUGAAAGGCCCAAAGAGCUCCAAGCAGUCCACGUCCACCUUGUCUGUCCACCAGACCUCACCUGAGAAAAAGGUCAGAGCCAGCUGCUUCCCUCGUCCACUCACUCCGAAGAACAAGAACACGAGCAGUGGAUCAUCCAGCACUUAUCUCCAACCUGUCCUCAGUCCUGCGGAACGUCGUCAAUCUAUGAUGUUCACCAUUGACAACACCCCAAAGAGCAACAGCUACUUAAAGAAAGGGCUGACCAAACUCCGCAAUUCUACCAGGAAAUCCCCAGGAAAAGGCCAAAAAACGCCUUUGGGGAAAAAUCUUCGUAAGGCAGACGAAAACUCUCCUGCAGUGAAUUCUCGUGCCACAACGGGACGAUCUACCAAAGCCGGAACCUUUAAGUCACCACAGGCUGUGGCCAAAGUGCAGAGGGGAUCUCAAGCCACCAGCAGGUCUGCAAAGUCUCCUGGACUGACCGCUAGUGCUCGGAAGGCUCUGAGACGGAUGAAGGUUUAAGGGCUGGUUUCCAGGGAGGUGUGAAAAGUUGAGCUGAUAAAAUUUUUUUUUUUAAUUGUGCCCUCUGAUUUUUUUUAAUUUUAUUUACCCUUUAAAUUCUGUACAUAUGUCUGCACAAUAUUUACAUAUGUUCUAAAUAAAAUGGAGCAAUAAAUGUUUCUGUUUGC